AUGGAUUCGCCUGUGAACCUAACCUACUUUUCCCUCUCCACCCCCGCCCCUUUGGAGACCAACCGCAGCGGCCUCGGCGCGGAAGACUCGCGCCCCAGCCCCCUCCUCUCUGUCUUCGGUGUGCUUAUCCUGACCUUUCUGGGCUUUCUGGUGGCCGCCACGUUCUCCUGGAACCUGCUGGUGCUGGCGACCAUUCUCCGUGUGCGCACCUUCCACCGGGUUCCGCACAACUUAGUGGCGUCCAUGGCCAUCUCGGAUGUGCUGGUGGCCGCUCUGGUCAUGCCCCUGAGCCUGGUGCACGAGCUGUCCGGGCGCCGCUGGCAGCUGGGCCGGCGACUGUGCCAGCUGUGGAUCGCAUGCGACGUGCUCUGCUGCACGGCCAGCAUCUGGAACGUGACGGCCAUCGCGCUGGACCGCUACUGGUCCAUCACCCGCCACCUGCAAUACACACUGCGCACCCGCAAGCGCGUCUCCAACGUUAUGAUAGUGCUCACCUGGGCGCUCUCCGCCGUGAUCUCCCUGGCCCCGCUGCUCUUCGGCUGGGGGGAGACCUACUCUGAGGACAGCGAGGAGUGCCAGGUGAGCCGCGAGCCGUCCUACACCGUGUUCUCCACCGUGGGCGCCUUCUACCUGCCCCUCUGCGUCGUGCUCUUUGUGUACUGGAAGAUCUACAAGGCGGCCAGGUUCCGCGUGGGCUCCAGGACCAACAGUGUCUCACCCAUAUCGGAGGCUGUGGAGGCGAAGACCUCUGCUCAGCAGCCUCAGAUGGUGUUCACAGUCCGCCACACCACCGUCACCUUCCAGACAGAAGGGGACACGUGGAGGGAGCAGAAAGAGCAGAAGGCCGCCCUGAUGGUGGGCAUCCUCAUUGGGGUGUUUGCGCUCUGCUGGAUCCCUUUCUUCACCACGGAGCUCAUCAGCCCCCUGUGUUCCUGCGACAUCCCCACCAUCUGGAAGAGCAUCUUCCUUUGGCUUGGCUACUCCAACUCCUUCUUUAACCCCCUGAUCUAUACAGCUUUCAACAAGAACUACAACAGCGCCUUCAAGAACUUCUUUUCUAAGCAACACUGAGCACGAGGCCUGGGGAUAGGAAGGAGCUGUCCUGUAACUCAAUCAAAUUUCCAAUUCUACCUACUUCCCCAUAAAUACCCAGUACUACACGGAAGAGGCAAGUCCUCGGAGUUCUCCGGGGUCGUCUUCAGAACUAGCCCUCCCUUCCAUGCUCCAAGGCAGGAAUGUGGGUCUUCCCAGACAGUUUUGGUGACCUUAUUAAUCUAACUUACCUGUUCUUGCUCUCCCUGCACCUACCAGCCACGGACUUUGCCCACAAAGUGCCCUUUCCUCCCCCAAAUCCACUCCAGCAUGGUCAUCGUCCUUGCCCCAGAGAAGUCAGACAUAGAAGAUGAGAGGGAGGAAAUAAAGCAACAUGGACAGAUAGAGAAUGGGUGGAAGAUGAUGAAUUAGAAGUCAUACUGCGAUAUCCGAGGGGUAGGAAACCAUAAUUCCAAGUUUUGUGGAAUAGUCCUUAUUUCGAACGUUCCAUUCUGUGGUCCUGUUAAAUAUACCCUAGUACUUAUUGUGUAUGUCCCAGGGUUUGGCCAUAAAAUAUUGUCUCUGAACCUAUUAAAGCACAUGGCCACAACUGUAAGACCAGUGAAUACUGGCUUUAAAGCUUUGUUUGUGGCAACCACAUGUGUGUGUGUGUGUGUGUGUGUGUGCAUGCGCGCACACACACACACACACAGAACUCUGGAGGAGGUGAAUGUUCCAAAGGCCAGUUUAUUCUAAAAUCCAACCCAUCAAGUUGGAACAGGAGCUAAAAGUCAAACCAAUAUCUCCCACCAUUCUGAGGCAACUGUGCACAAACCAUAGAAAAAUAGACUAGUUUUGUAGACUCUGUCAAACUUGCUUAUUUUCUAUGGAGUUUCUUUGUACAGAAUUUAUUCAAAUGUUGCAGGACAAAGACCUUUAUCCUUGGAUCAUGAGGUUAGAGGAAAACAGGUGUCAUGAAGCUGGCGGCUUCUUUUAGUCUCAUAACCAAGGACUGUGAAGGUAUAUUUACCGAACACGUACACUUUAAAGGGACAGUUGGUUAAUUUGCUAUUUUUUACUGAUGUGUGAAUGCCCAUUUUGAGGCCAACACUACUAGUAACUAAUGAGAAAAGCAGAAAUAUGGUAAAAUGUGGCCUCGGUCCUCGGCAGGUUGACACCUCUAUAUAAGUGAGUCAAGGCAUUUAAGUGAUGGUGUGGUGUUUAUAUGAUCAUAUAAAACCUAGGCCAUUCUACAAAACUUUAAAAAGA